UCUCGCUCUUAUUCUCCCCCCCUUUGAGUCUUGUCGCAACAAAAUCAACCCCCGCGACAACUCUUUAGCCAUUACACUCAAUGUCCCGCAACUCGCCCCGGCAACAAUCAGCACUAACGGAAAGAUGCGUCAAGAGUGAGCACCCGUGAUAGCAAGGACUUUAAAAAACAAGAAAUCAAAACCGAGACAGUGUUGUUGUUGUUUUGGACCGAUGUUGUUGAAUUGUUUCAUUUCUUUUGUGACUUUUUUAUUCUCUAAAUAACUGAGGAUGAUGUCUCUUGACUUCGUGUCAAUUAGCUCAAGAAGCUAAUAUAGAGUUUACAAUAUUUGCUUUAGACCUAAACAAUUCACUUUAUUGAAAAAAGAACAUAAUACAUUAGACUUCUAUAAUCAAUUUGAAACCCGCACACUGCUAUAGUGAAUGUAGCGUACGAAUAAUGUUAGAGUCAGUGAGUUUUUUCUAGUAAUACUAAACAUUUUGGAUGUUCAAGUUAAGAAUUCAUUCGGAAUUACUUCACAUGUGAUUCAUUAGCAGACGAUCUUCACAUGUGAUUCAUUAGCAGACGAUCUUCACAAAGACGAGAAAAGGUUGUACGAGAGAAUUGACUACCGUUGAAGUCCAAGUCUGUGAAGACGAUGUUCUGCUUCCAUUGUCCACCAAGCUUCCAUCCAACCGGCAGACCAUUGGGACUGGAUUACCCCUGCCCCACGCAUCCAACAUAUCCCGGAUACGGUCUGCACGCUGAGCUCCACGAUGAGGCGUUCGCCAGACGAAAGCAGAGGCGAAACAGAACCACAUUCACCUUGCAGCAGCUGGAGGAGCUGGAAAAAGCCUUUGCCCAGACUCACUACCCGGAUGUGUUCAUGAGAGAAGACCUGGCCAUGAGGAUCAACUUGACCGAAGCUAGAGUACAGGUCUGGUUCCAAAAUCGUCGUGCGAAGUGGCGCAAAAGCGAACGUUUUACUCACCAGCCCAACUACCCCAACGGAGCCAGUGGCGUCGACGAUGGCGAAUAUCAAGGCGACAACAAUGACGGUGGAAAACCACUCGAAGUGGAAGGGCACUCGACCCCGUCGUCGCCGAAUGAUCUUUCUCCCGGAGCCAUGGCCGAGUCACAAGAACAGAGCUCAAGGCGAGACAGGAAGUUCAGCGAGGGCGCUUGUCUGGAUGUGUACAGGUCUUCUAAGGAACUCGUAGAAUGUCGGGGUAAGGAGGAGAAAGAUACAAACGAUGAGGAUGAAGAGGAUGAGGUGUGUGUGGAUAAGACAGAGGAAGACGCCUCUGCUGGUGACCAGUCCGGCCACGUCAAUGAAGAGGGAUUAAGUUCCGAGGCGCAGUCGAGUAUUUUAGAUUAUUCCAGGAAGACUGCAGACGACGAGUCGAAGCAGACGAUUAACACAGGGGAGAGAAACAACUUUGACCAGGAGAAUGAAGACAAUAACAAUAAUGGAAAAGAGAGAAAGCUAACGCCCACCAUGGCGCCCCGCACACACCUAGAGAGUUACUCUUCAUUACUGGAUUCCAGAAAGUUCGACUCCUCCUCUUUGUUCGGCUUGCCCAGAUCUGGUCAGUACAGGCCCAGAUUCUCUACCGGCGCCCAUUAUGACUCACCAAAGCUGAUUCUAAACACCCCGUCGUCCAACACCCUAGUGGGCGCCCACGAGGUCGUCAAGCCAUCUUCCCCAAAGCUGACUUCGUCGUCGCCGCCCCUGUCUUACGCCCAAGGGGGAUCUCUACAAGGCUUGGACUCGAGGGCGAGCAGGCCCGGAGAUACCAGCGCAUUCCCGGCUUCCACAGCUUUGACAUUUGGAGCCGGGAUGGCUUACGGCGGUGAUCAAUCUUUGAUGAAGAGCAUGCUGGGAUUAAUGCCACCGAUCAUGUUCCCCCCUGACCUCAGCCUGAUGGCUAAGAUGGGGAGGAGCGCCCUCCCCUUCACCCAUGGCCUGCUGGCUGCCUCUAUGCACAGGCCGGGAUUGUUCUCAGCCCUGGACGGGUCACGCUUCAAGUCCAGCUACGAGUCACUUCUGACGUCAAGGUCAUUCCUUCAGCCACAACACUUGCCGCAUCCAGCGUUCAAAGGUUGCUUGCCUUUCUGUAUGUGCUGUCCACCACGGUCAAGCGGUAGCAGCAACAGCCCCAGCGGGACCACCACAUCCAGCACCAGCAGCCCCACCACGUCCAGCUUCCCCAGCUUCUCGGAGCACAGGACCAGCAGCGUGGCCGAGCUGCGACGCAGGGCCAGGGAGCACACCGAGGCCAUGGUGGCUGGCGGGCCGGACAGACCAUCCUCAGCCAGCGACUAGCGGGAGAGACGCGGCAGUGUGCCUCGUGUGAAAAGUGAGCUCGUGGCGGCUCAGCUCGUGCCUGCGAACUAGGCGCGAACCAGUUUUGAAUCAAACGUACACUUUGACUUAGUGGUAUGUUUCUCACUGUUUGACUUAGUGGUAUGUUUCUCACUGUCUUUUCUGCAAGAGGUCUGAAGCUACAAGAGUGUCUACUUGCAAUUGCAGCGAAAAAAAAACCCCACAAAACUGCAACAAAUGUGUUCACCUUUCAACAAAACCAAAAAGACCAAAAACAAUCAAUGUUUCCAGGUCUGUGUGAUAUUUAAACAUUUCAUUGUCAUUUCCAAGACGAAGAAUUCAUUCCAGGCUCGUUAUAUGAGCUAACACAACAAAUUAAAUAUUUCAGUGACAUUAUUUUUAUGGUGGCAAACAUGCCAGUUUAUAUGUAUUAUGGAUGAUAUCAUUAUCUGCCCUUCUAGAUGCUAAUAAUUGCCGAUGUAACUUGUUUAUGUGUAUACAUUGGCCUACAUAUCAUUGUAUUUUCUACCACACUAUAAUACACACAUAUUGGUGGUUUGCCUCUUUGGCCAAUCAGCUUCAUCUUUACGAAAUUUCUUUAUGUACCCCAACCAAUCAGAGUCUUUCAUACUUUGAAGAUGGUCCAAUCAGAAAUGUUUCUUUGAUUAUGGAAGCCGCUGUGUUCAUGUGCUCAUUAUAUAGUUUAUAUAAUUAAUUUUCAAACAUAAUAGCUUUCUGUUUCCGUUUUUUUUUUAAAUUUUCAUUUGUUAAUGUAUGUAAGACUUUUCUUUUAUUUUAUAUUCUUUUAUGCACUUCAAAGAUCUUUGUUUAUACAUGCUCAAAGAUGUUCUAUAAUGUUGAUUGACUUUUAUAUUUUGAUGAUUACAGUCCAAGUUGCUCAUGAGUUUUAUGUUUAUUCUGGGUUGUGGUUUAUUUCGUUUAUUAAUCAAGUGUGCCAUGAUUCAAGUUUUUAAAUUUUUUUAUUUUUUUUUAUUUUGUUCAUGUCUUAUUGUAAAGUUGUGAUCAAACAAAAAUUAAAGUUUAUUUCCCUAAACUCUGUCACUUUGAUGCGAUUUUAACUGUUGCCAUGGAAAUUAAUUUAGAUUAAUUUUUUUUGGGCCAAUCCCCUUUUAUGAAUGAUAGUGAAAAAAAAACAUAAACAAAUAAAAUAAAGAAAAGAGAGGGGAUGGGGGAGGGAAGUGUUUACAGUAAAAUAUGUUUCGAUGUAAACUAGAACAAAAAAAAACAAUUAUUUAAUUCCUUGGGUUCUUUAAAUGUUUUUGUUUUUAAUUAAUAAAUAAUAUAAACACCGAUAAAGUCGAUAGACCCCAUGAAUUGUAUUUUCCAAAUAUUGGUCUGGAUCAAGUUUUAAAGCUGGGUUCAUUUCAUUGUUUCCCAGCUCAUCGUCGUGUGCUACUUGAAAUCUUGUGCUAGGAAAAGAGAACUCUCUUGUAUCUAGUAGUAGUUUAUAGGGAUGCAUUCUUUUUCCUAUUUCCGUUGUUUUUUUUACCCCUUAGAUUUUAUCCAAAUGAAUAUUCUACAUCUGUAAUUCUGAAUUUAUAUUCCAUUUCAUUUGAAAACCACAUUAUCCAAACAUUAAUACUACAAACCUAUAAGCUACAUGUUUUAUCAGCUCAUUUUACAAUGAUAAGUAUAUGUGAAUAAAAACUCCUCUACAAA